AUCCAAGGCCAAAUGAACGAAUAAACGCACAAAAAUCAAACUCAUACCAACCCCACACACCGCCCCAUCCCCGCACUUCAUCCCCACACUCGACGAUGGACGAGCUCCUAGCCCGACAUCGCAAAGAGCUCCGCGACCUGCAAUCCCGCAUAACUGGCAAGAAAAAAGAAGCGACAAAGAAGACGCGCAAGGCCGUGAACGCAGAAUGCGAGAACCUCGAAGCCCAGACCAAGGCGCGACACGCGAUCGAGAUCCAGCAGCUUGAGAGCGGUGGCGUCGCCAAUGGCGAGGUCGGUAUCUCCGCCGUCGAUGCGAACACCAAUGUCUACAUUCCACCACCGACGUUAUCGGACACGGAGCCGGAGCCCGAAGCAACAGCAACAGCAACCGAAACCGCGGCGCCACCCUCUGUUGAAACCGCGCCACCCACGUCAGAGCUGUCUGGCCGAGCAAAAAAGCACAACCGACAGAAAGCGCGUCUCGCACGGCGCGCUGCCGAAAUCGCCGAACAAUCGGAAGCGGCCGCGCUCGAAGCAAACUUUCUUCCGAAUCUCCGCGAGCGCGAACUCGACACCAUGACCGCGCUGUUCAAGAAGAACGGCCUCACGGAGUACCGCAUUGCGCCCGAUGGCCACUGUCUCUACUCCGCGUUUGCGCACAACUUGCGCACGGCUGGUGUGGAGCUUGACACCGCACCGCGGGACUACAAAGAGGCACGGAUAAGGUGUGCUGAGUUCAUGAAGGAAAAUCGGGCCGAUUUCGAGGCGUUUCUGGAAGAGGAUUUUGAAGCACACGUUAGGAAGGUGGAGAGUACUGCCGAAUGGGGCGGACAGACGGAGGUGAUGGCACUGGGGCGAGCAUUUGGUGUCAAGGUCAAUGUGCUGCAGGCGGAAGGGAGAGGGGUGGAGAGCAUGAACGAAGAUGCCACAGGCGGCGAGGUGUGGCUGGGUUACUAUAGACACUCGUUUGGACUCGGAGAGCAUUACAAUUCUCUGGUCAAGGAGAAGGCGUAGAGCCGAUGGAUCCGCAAUCAUGGAUCUUGCAUCAAUCAGGUAUAUAGAC